AUUGCAUAGAUUUCAUUUGUGCUUUCACGUUUUAGAAUAUUGCAAUGGGUCUUCUAGUUAAAAUUGUGUUUCUAGCCUGUGUGCUAGUGGCUACAGCUAAACCAUUAACCGAAGAAGAACGACAAUCAAUGAUUAUGGAGCUAGUUGGAAAGUGUAAAAGUGCGGAAGGGGCUUCUGAUGCUGAUGUCCAGGGGGCAAUGGCACAACAACCUCCAACAACUCGUUCAGGUCAAUGCUUCCAUGCCUGUAUGAUGGAGACUCUUGGUGUCAUGAUAGGUGGCAAGUUAUCAGCUGAAGGCAGCGCAAGAUUAGCCGAGGGAUCCGGCGAUCCGGAAAAAAUUAAAAAUUCCGAAGCAAUAACCAAAGAAUGUAUUUCGGUUGGUGGGGGUGAACGAUGUGAGAGUGCAGCAGCUAUAGUUGAUUGUGUCGCCGCUGCAGCUGCUAAACUCGGUAUUGAUCCUACUAAAGAUUUAAAUUAAAAUUUUCACGUGAUGUUUACUUGAAUAGCCAAUAUGAAAAUGUCUGUUCUUCGAGGAA